AUGAUUACCAAGAGAACAAGAUCAAAGAAGAUGACCAGUAGUGGUGGAGUUGAUAGAUUAAGCUCUCUUCCUGAUUGCAUCCUCAUCGAUAUCCUAUCUCGUCUUCCAAUCACCUCCGCGGCUGCCACCGCUGUUUUAUCGUCUCGAUGGCCUUAUCUAUGGCCUCAAAUCACUUCUCUCAAACUCAGUAGCAUACUUUUCAAAGGUGUGUACAAUAGUGUUGAAUGUUUUAUUGCUAUUACCAAAGUAAUCAACAAGUUAACCUCUCCGAUUAUUCGUAGUUUUACUCUCCAUCUUGAUGACCCGUGUUUAGUCUAUUUUCCCCUUGAUUUAUGGUUUCAACAAAUCCAUCAUCGAAGAGUCGAAGACAUCUGUUUUAGAUUUGUUACUCGUGAAGUUGCACCAUUGAUGUUCCAAGUCUCCUCGUUUAUGUUUCAAACUCCUUCAUUGGUAACACUUGAACUAAACAUUGGUAUUAUUUGCAUUUUUCCUAAGCAUAUUUUCAAUGAUGAUACUAAACCAAAAUUCAAUCUUCCUAAUUUGAAGAAAUUGAGUAUUCAAGUAUUGCCUUUCGAGUGUGAAUUUUGGGGAAAACUAAUCGAGUCUUGCCCAUCACUCGAAGAUUUGAGUUACAUGGUUACUUCAUCGCCUAAUAUUAUUAAUGCUAGUGUUAUAUUUCCCGACAUAACAUCGAUAUCAAUAUUAGGUCAAAAUUUGUUGCGGUUGAAUAUAACUGUACUUCAUGACCAUAGGGAAAAAGUUGUAAUCGAUGCCCCUCGAUUGGAAUACUUGAUGCUCAAUAUUGAAUCCCUAUUAGAAUUUCGCUUUGCCAAGAAGCCGAAUGCAUUGUGUGAAGCAAUGGUAAGUGUUGCUAGGAAACCGAGAAUUCCACCCAAUGGGAAGGAUGUGAUCACGAAGUUUCUUGGACUAAUCUCUAAUGUUAAGUCCCUCACAUUUGAUGUUCGUUCAUACUCCUUAGAGACGCCGUUGUUGUUUCCUAAUUUGACUCACUUACGAUUCAUGGGUUGUUAUGGGCACGAGUUUAAGGUAUUGUGGCCAUUGCUCAAGUCAUGUACAAAAUUGGAGAAUCUUUGUAUUAGCAUGAGUAGUGAAGUCUCUCACGGCGUUUUUUUGAUUCCCCCAAAGGUUUCUCCAUCGUGUUUAUUGGAUCAUAUCAAGAGGAUUGAGAUAAAGGUAGCUAUGAUAUUUUACGACGAAGAAGAGAAUUUAUUGAAGGUAUUAGAGUAUUUUCUACUUAAAGGCUUAGUUUUGGAGCAUCUCAUAUGUACCUUCACCAAAAAAAUUGAAUCCUCCGAAAGAAGUGAUGUAAGAAGGGAGUUACUGUUUUGGAAAAAAUUAUCCAAGUGCGAAAUAGGUUCAUCUCGCCGGUGCCAAAUCGUAUUUUCAGGGUUACGUAUUAAGUCGUCAAUAAUUAAGCAUGGCAAUUCAUAA